UCCACGCCCUGGUGGUGAUGCAGAAGUUCAGACGCCUGCAGACACCUCAGACAUACGCACAAUCCCGUUCUCUUCCCUGCUUGUGAAAACAGCCACCUUGUGCUUUACGCAAACAUGUCUGACAAGCCAGAUCUCACCGAGAUUUCCAGAUUUGACAAAACCAAGCUGAAGAAGACUGAAACAAAAGAGAAGAACCCUCUUCCCACCAAAGAGACUAUUGAGCAGGAAAGGAAAGGAGAUGCAAGCCCCUGACCUCAUACAGAGAAGGAAAGCCAAGCACAACAGCUGUUCCUGUGAUGGCACUUUAAAUGAAUAACGAUUUACAAUUUUUAUUUCAGUUUAAUGGGUGCUACUGCCCCUUGCAAUGCAUGGUCACUAUGGGAAGGGAAGACACCAGGGCCUGAUAUUGGGUGCGAACUAGGAUCUUUUAACAUAUUUUGUUCUUUGUAAUGGGGCAUUUUAAUCUUUUUUUAAUCUUCCUGAAAUAAAGACAAAUCUGAACAAAUA